AUGCAACGAAUAUUUGCUAGGCUAUUUUCUCAUGGACCAGGUUUGGAUGAAGACGUUCAAACAGACGAAGUUAAAGUUGAAGUGAAUAGCGAAGAUCAUGUUGAAGCAGUGCGUGAUUUACGUGAUACAUAUAAUCAGCCAAUAAAAUGCUCAUAUCAGAAGAAUUUCAAACGAUUUUCUGACAAGAAAAAUUCCAUCUCGAUUCUUCGACAACAUGAACUAGGUCUGAUUCAUUUUCGUCAAUACCCUCAAGCACGUUACAACUUAAUGAAAAGAUUAUUACCAGAAGAAGGUGAAGUGGUCGCAUCCAUGGAAAGACCAACGUUUUGCGGUCAAUUUUCUGAUGAUGGUCAAUGUUUUAUCAGUGCUUGUCAAGACAAUUGUAUUCGUCUCUAUGAUACAUCAACACGACGAAAAUUUGCUCAACUCACAGAGAUCGAAGCAAUCGACGUCGGAUGGUCGAUAUUGGAUACUGCUUUGUCACCUGACCGAACACAAAUUGCUUAUUCAACGUGGUCAGAUUGCAUUUAUUUGAUCACUCUCGAUGAAAACUAUUCCGAACCGAAGAUUUCAUCAUUGUACUUACGACCGGAAACAAAUCGUUUCUCAGUAUUUUCUUUACAAUUUUCAAAAAGUGGCUCUGAAAUUAUUUGUGGUGCAAGCGACAAUUGUGUGUAUAUAUUCGACUUAGAGAAACAGCAACGGACCUUACGUGUCGAAGCUCACCGGAACGAUGUCAAUGCUGUUCGUUUUAUUGAUGAUUCGAAUGCAUUGCUUGCUAGCGGUUCAGAUGAUGGCCUCGUUCUUGUUUGGGAUCGACGAGCAUUGAAUGAAGCUCAACCGAAACCAGUUGGAACUUUUGCGGGUCAUAAAAGUGGAAUUACUUUUGUACAUAGUCGAAUGGAUUCACGAUAUUUAAUCUCUAACUCUAAGGAUCAAAGUAUUAAAUUAUGGGAUAUGCGCCGUUUUGCUGAUGAAUCAGCCAUAUUUCGAAGUCUUAAAGCAUCCAAUGCAGUUAGUCGCGUUUGGGAUUACCGAGUCGGUGUUCAAUCAUUAUCACUGCACAAAGAACGAAUCCCUGGCGAUCCCAGUGUUUGUACAUACAGAGAACACAGUGUUGGCUAUACACUUAUACGAUGCUAUUUUUCGCCCGCGUUUACCACGGGACAACGCUACAUUAUCACAGGAUCAUCGAAUGGAUGUGUUUACAUAUAUGACGUUCUUACUGGAUCAGUUGAACGAUGCCUUCGCAUUCGAAAUAAUUAUUACGGCUCAGAACGAGAGAAAUGUGUACGCGAUGUCGCAUGGCAUCCAUACGACGGUUACAUCGUGUCGACAUCGUGGGAUAACAGACGAGCACAUGUUCGAUGGGCUCAUAAAAUGACUGAUUCUUCGGAGCCGUGUUUAUCACCGCCAAUAGAAACAAAAACAGUUUCUGUACAGACACCAUCUUCUCCAUCAUUGAAUCGUUCGACAGAACUCUCAGGCAUGGUCCAGCGAUAUUUACUUCAACAGUCUCACGACAGUGGCUUCAAUGUAGAUAGCGAUGACGAAGACGAUGGACUGUUUUGA